AUGGCGCGCGACGGUGGGGUAAGGCCCUUGAGCGCCAGACACAUCAUCUAUAGGGAGGACAUCCCAUACUCACAUAGUAAAAACAGGACCGGCGACGCUGCCAUGUUUGCUGGGAGCGCGGCCACAUUUCACUGGAUUGUCCGGUCCGUCAAGGCCUACUCCAUCUGGUAUGUAAAAGGCAAGGCGAAUAUGGCCGCUGAGCUGAAUAAUCGGAUACGCCGACCUGUGCCGAUUCGAGUGUAUCGAGUGAAUACCCAUCGCCGUCAUGUUCGCCCUCGCCGAAGACGUGGGCGACAGCGUCAAGAGCAUGCCAGUGAAAGGAACCACACAGGACCACACGAACUACCCCCUCGCCCGGCACAUGUUAGCCCGGAGCUCAACUACGGAGACUGUGGCCCUUACCGUCGCGAUGUCCAGGACCUUCCUCUUCGUCCACCUGCAGGUGAUAAGGAUAAAGAGAAUAUUCGCCCUGCUCAUUUCGCUAGCCCAGCUCACUCGCAGGCAGGCGCGGCCUAUGACAGACACGAUGUCAAUAUGAGGCCCGAUUCUUCUACUGCUAACCACCUGAUUAGCUCAUCUGGACUUGCCGCUGGUACCAAGAUGGAGUCAGGUACUCCGGUUGAACAUGUAGAUAACUCUGCCUCUGUAUAUGUUCAGGCGAGUGGAGCUGUGGACGUCCAAAUCACACGCAGUGAUACCUUUGCUACUUCGAAUGAGAGCGGUACUCAUGAGAAUCUGCCAAGCCUGUCAUUUAACGUCUCCGGGGAUAUGGUGAUGACUGAGGAGUCACAAGCUGUGGCUGACGACUAUUGCACUUUUGAACAUGUUGCGGAUCUAUUUGGUCGAUAUCGAACAGCUCACGCAGCAUUCACAGGGGUCAAGAUCAACCAAACACGGGAUUAUAAAUGGAAAAAAAGAAAGAAAGAAAGAAAAGGAAAGGAGAACGCAGAGAAGAGAUCUUGCAUCUGCCUGUCUGUAUUCUACUCGGGCUUGAAUCCAGUUGUCUUCGUCUUCCCUUGCAGAGUUGGGGUGACGAAGCCCAUUAUGUCGCCAUCAUGA